AUGACAGAGAGCGAAAGAUUAUUAACUUUUCAUACAGCAGAAAUUGAAAAUGUUCCAUCUUAUGAGGUGGUACCAGUAAAAAUAACAAAGAGAGCAGCUGGAACUCAAGUAACACUCAAGGCUUUUGGCAAAGACAUAAAGUUAUACUUGAAUCCAACUGAAGGAAUUUUGGCUGGAUAUGAAACACCAAUUUAUAAAAUUAGCAGUGGAUCUCCAAAACCAAAAUGGGUCAGAUUAGUCAAAGUAUAUGAACAAAUGUCAGCUCAAAUGCAGGAAGAUUCUAAAAAAUUUGCAUCUGUAGUGUUUACUGAAAGCGAAACAGACAACCGGGCUAAUCUUCGUGGUGUUAUUCUGGAUGAUGCUAUAGCAAUUCAUCCUAUCCCUGAUCGUCUUCAAAAUGGAAUCGAAAAAUAUAGCGUUACAGAAGUCGAUGAUUUGGCUGAACACGAAGCAAACCAUACAACCGAUUCAACAUUAGAGCCAGAUGUUCAAUAUCAUAUUAUCACAAAGAUCCCAGAAUUUACAAAAAAUUCUUCAGAAUUUAAAACUGCAUUUGAUAGACCAGAAUCACACAGGGAUAAACGUGCAGUACCAAGUGUCAUUUAUCCACAAAUUUUAGUUGUUAUUCAUAACGAUUAUUUUAAAAAGCUUGGAAGUAAUAUCAUAGGAAUGAUGCCAUAUCUUUUAAGUUUUUGGAAUGGUGUUGAUCUUAUGUACCGAACCAUUGAGAAUCCAAAAAUUCGUUUGAACAUUGCUGCAUUCGUUUAUGCAGAUGACAGUCGUGUUUUGUCUUAUAUGGCAAAUAAUAUGUACUCUGCGACUGAAUUAAAUGUCAACAAAGCUUUGGAUGGUGAAGGAGAAUUUUGGUAUAACAAUCAGAAUCCAUUAUCUACAAGUUCAUAUGAUGUAGUUGUUACAAUGACAACGUAA